AUGUCUAGGCAUAGAAAAUUAGAUAAAAUUAUACUAUCUCUACCAUUUCAAAAAGGACAUGGUUUAGGAGACGAAGAUGACACUUUUACCAUUCCACUAGAUAUAGCUGAGCAAGAUGAGUUAAUAACUAAUUUCCAACUGUCCGUUCACAAAUCAGAUACGUUUUAUACUCAGAUAAUCACAAUACUGUACUUGGGUUAUUGCAUUUUUUUCCUUUUGAUAUUAAAAAAGGGAAACAAAGUUGGCAUCGGACAAAAGUAUCCGGUUUUUUUGAAAACAGCCCCUGUCAAUUCGGUGGCUUUAUCACUAAUAAAUUUAAGAUAUAGUAUAAGGUAUCAAAUCAAAUUUAUAAAAAUUAACAAUUUCACUUUGAAUAUGAUAAAUGCCUUAUUGUUAACCAUAUUGGUCAUUUUAUCUAUCAAUACUAGUAGCAACAAAAAUUUGCAUGGAAUAUUUAUCCAUGCUUUAUUUAAUGUACCACCCGUUUUGUUUUUCCUUUUGUCAAUAUUUGCUAAAAAAUGGAACAGAAAUUUAAAUGAGCAAAUUGGGAUAUUAAUGAAAAGUAAAUAUAACUAUAAAAGUGCAUAG